AUGUGUAAUGUUUAUUUUGUUAUUUUUAGUUAUCUUAAUUAAAUCCGACCAUUUACUACCUAUAAAAAGUGUCAUUGUACUACUGUACUAUGCUACAUCUAAUGCAACUAAAAUGGGCAGCAUUGUUGGCAUCACUUGGUGCUCUAACCUCUUUGCUGAAGGCGCAAGUCCAUACCCAAACAUUCAAACCAGGAAAAGAGACCAACCUGGACGAUCUUGUCAAAGUCUUUCCGACACCACACUCAAACGUUAACGAACCAAAAGGAAAUAGCCCAUUUAUUGUGGUGAGUACAUUGGAUGGAAAAAUAUCAGCGUUGGACACAAAACAUGGUGGAAAGUUGUUGUGGACAAUGGAUAUUGGGAGCGGCCCACUCGUUUCAUCGAGCAUUUCCAAACUGCAAAUCAACCAGGAUGGGAAGACAAUCAGACUCAUACCUUCAUUAUCUGGUGGCUUAUUCAAGUUUGAUGGAAAUUCUGUUGAGGCUUUGCCAUUUUCAGCUGAGCAGUUACUAUCAUCUUCAUUCAAAAUUUCUGAUGACUCUAUACUGGUUGGUGGAAAAGAAGUAACAACAUUUGGACUAGACUCUAGUAAUGGAAAUAUUGUAUAUCUAUGUUCUGCGUAUGGAUGUGAAACAUUUCAUGAGGUAUCACCAACAACCGAUGUAAUUAUUGUCAAAAGAAGUCAACAAACAGUUCGUUCUGUGGAAAAUAGGCAUGGACGUGAAAAUUGGAACUUUACCGUUGGCGAAGUCGAAUUGGAGGUUUCGAGAGGAAAAACUUAUCAGCUAUUAGAACAUUCUGGGGAUGAAAGCAGUUCGAAUGAACAGGGGUCUACCACAAUGCAUCAUCACCAUCAGGAUAACUCUCACUCUGAAGGGAAUCCAGAUGCUUCAACGGACCCAAAAUCAUCGAGUAUAUUCUCAAAACUGAAUGUAUUAGUUCCAGAAGGCACUAUCUACAAGUUCAAUGAUGAAAAUAAACCUAGUUUGGAUUGGAAGCACAAGUUUGACAGUCCAAUUGCAAAUGCUUGGUAUGUCAAUGGAGGAAACUAUCAUAAACUUGAUUUAUUCGAUCCAGAGACAGUUCCUGCAUUGAGGGAUAGAAAUCAUGGCGGAAGUAACGGAGACCCCACUAUUUAUAUGGGUUUUUAUGGAAGCCACGUCUACAUUCAAGUGUCAUCCACUACCAGGAAAGCAAUAACAAACAGUAUGAUGCCUUCACCUCGUUCACAUGUUAGACCAAGAUCUAGAUCUCCUUUUAACCAGGUAGUGAAAUUUCCAUAUCGACCAUUUACGGCAUCGUCUGAUCAUUUGAAACGUGCUGUUGUGGGUGAAUCUAAAGAAGGUGAAAUUCAAGUUUAUCAGAAAAGCAAUGCAAAAGGAAGUUGUGGGAACAAUCUUGCUAUAUACAGAGAUAAUACUAAUGGCGAAGAUGUUGGAUAUUACUUUAAGAGUGAUAUUCCAUACUUCAUAUCAAUUUCGGAAUCUGGUAAAAAGGGAAGAACAACUGAAUUAGAUGAUGGAAAUGAAUCAUAUGGAAACUCAAACAUUGAUGUUGUUUAUUCAUCUUUCAUGCAUUGGUGGAAAGAAAUCUUAUUCAUUAGCGUCACGACAUCGAUAUUCAUGCAACUCUUCAUCGUUAAAAUUAUGCAACUAUCUAAGAGCAAGGAUGAAAAUAGCCUAAAAUCAAGUUCUGGUAGUUACGCUGAUGCAUUAUCUGAUAUCCAACCUCAAAUGGUUAAUGCUUCAACUUCAUUUCAAUCAAGAUAUCUGAAUGAUUUUGAACCGAUCCAGUGUCUUGGGAAGGGAGGUUUUGGAGUUGUUUUUGAAUCUCGUAAUAAAGUUGACCAUUGUAGUUAUGCAAUAAAAAGGAUUCGACUACCUAACAAGCAAUCUGCGAGAGAUAAAGUGAUGCGUGAAGUACGUGCUUUAGCCAAACUAGAACAUUCUGGUAUUGUCCGGUAUUUUAAUGCUUGGACUGAAGAACCACCUCAGGGAUGGCAAGAAAAAGCUGAUCGAGAAUUGUUGUCAGAUAUCAGUACGUAUGCAUCAAGUGCGUCAUUUUUGGCACAAUCUACAACCCAUCCACCUCCUUCAUAUUCUAAACUGCAGACUGAUAUUGGCAACACUGGAGCGUUCACUCCAAGUCAUUCCGUGGGAGUUAGCGAAGGAUUUUCAGAAGAGACAAGAUCGUUUUCACUUCAUUCUGAUAAAUUUAAUAAAUCAGGUGAAGCCAGUGUUUUCUCUGACAUUGUUCCAACAAAGGCAGGGAAAUUUUUUCAGUCUGCAAAUACGGAUUCGUCGGAUUCGGGAGAUGAAACUGGUUCUCCUUCGAUACAAAUGGUCCCAUUCGGACGAUAUAAAGAUGAAUCCCUUAGCAUUGUUUUUGAAAAAAGUGCGCAAAAACCCAUGGGGAGCACUGGUGAUUCUGCAAUUGAAGAAGACGCAUUUAGUAGUCCAAUAGCGAAUAAAAAAGGACAUGUGCGAAACAUAUCAGAUGUUGGCAAACUGCCUCAAUAUAAAGAUAUUUAUAAAGAUUUUACUUCAACUCCUGGAAGUAAAUUGCGAAAAAGAUCAAGCUCACAGAAAUUACAAAUGCCAGAAGACAGUGACACAGGUUCGGAACUCAACGCAGUCAUUUGUCGCGAUGAAACAGACAAAAAGAAGGCAGAAGAUGAAAAAAUAAAGCCCAAAGUAGCUGUUUCUGUUUAUUUGUACAUUCAGAUGCAGUUAUGUCAGAAAGAUUCACUUCGUAAAUGGUUAGCAGACAAUCAUACAAGAGAUGAUGGAUAUUGUUUGUGGAUAUUUCAUCAAGUAUUAAAUGCUGUUCAAUAUGUACAUGACUGCAAUCUUAUCCACAGAGAUUUGAAGCCUUCCAAUGUAUUUUUCUCAUUCGACGGAGGUAUAAAAGUUGGUGAUUUUGGGUUGGUCACUGAAAGUGAUGAAUUAAGUGGUGAUAUGUUAAACGAAAGUACGAUACAUAAUGAUAAUGAUUAUUUAUCUGAUGGAUCUCAUACUGAAAGAGUUGGCACAAGAUUGUAUAUGGCCCCUGAACAGAUGAGCGGUCCAAAGUACAGUCAAAAAGUUGAUAUAUUUGCACUUGGUCUCAUAUUAAUUGAAUUAUUCACACCAUUUUCCACACAAAUGGAGAGAAUUCGUGAACUCACCAAAGCUCGAGAUGGAAAGAUUGAUAAAAAAUUUGCAAGAGAAUAUCAUCAUGAGGCGACUUUGGCAAGACAAAUGUUAUGUCAAAACCCAUCACAAAGGCCAACUGCAGUUGAGGCAAUUCAACAUGAUGUUUUCAAUGACAAAGACUUAUCACAAUAUCAAGUCAAACGAACAAGAACCUCGUCCAACUGAUCCCUGGAAUAACCAUGCUAUUUAUUACAAUUUAUUUGUAACAAUCAUAUUCAUCUACAAUCUACAUCUACCUUAUAAAUGGUUAACAUUAAAAUGAUAGGAUUUGUCGGACUUCUAAUUGACCUUUAUCGGUACUCCUAGUACUGUUCUGAAAAUAUUUUUUUAGUAUUGUGUUACAGGUAACUAUCUAUUCAACUGGAACAAACUGUAGCUUGUAUUUUUGCUUAUUUUUUGUGUAAUUAACAUCGGGCAACGCGUUUUCUGCAAAAUAAUAAGUCUUACAUCAAUUUAAUUGUGCUUUAUUCAUCCACUGUACCUAACUGACAAUCACAUCCACCGGUUGUGUUUAUCCUAACAAAUAUUUUAUUGCCUGAGCCCUAAUUUUUCUUCCUUAAACAUUGUGCCUUUGAUUGAUGCUUGAGUGAGUGUUUAUUUGAACAUAAUUAGAAUAUGUCAUAUACUAUACUGCAUUUGUAUUCGUUUUUCUUUGAACAACUACUUAUUACUUUUUGUACAACAUGAAAGUACUACCAGGUGCAUUUACACCGCUUCAUUUUUUUCUAUUGUUCUAGAUUAGAACACGCUACUGGAAAGGUGAACUGUAAAUUAUCAGUUCCCAUAGUUCAUUUAAACUGAGAACCAGGCGAGAGUGUGAUAUUCUAAAUGAUUAAUCCAUCUUAUCGACUUUUUCCUGAGAUAAAUAUGGAAAUCACAUUGUCUAUUCACUUUGAAAAUUAAGCGGUAUAUUAUUGAAUAGUUCAUAUUGAAGUUUCCUAAUGUUAGUAUCGAUUUUCACAUUUUUUUUUAAUUUGAAUUCAUAUGCUGAUCCUUAUAUUUCGAAAACAAGGUUAAAAAAUUAGAACUCUGUAAACUUGCUUCUGGAAUUGGUAUCAAUUUAUUUGUGACAAGGUGUUGUCUGAAUCAGUGGUUCUCAACCUUUUAUACUUUGCGGAGCGGUAAAAUUUCAAAACCAAUUCUGCGGACCGGUUAACCUUCCAAAAUCAACCCAGAGCUCAGGACGUAUCCAGCCGUUAAGGGCUUGAAAUGGGCGUAGGACGCCCAACCAAGUUUGGUUUACGCAAUAAUACGAGUUGAAACUCACAAAAUAAAUUGGCAGGCGAUCAAUACUUUGUAUUUUCCAAUUGAGAUAUUAAAGUCUUCUAUAAGCACAAUUUUUAUUUACUUUGCUUUGUGACUAAAUAAGUCCAUAGUCUUUAUACUUGGCUGCUAUUUGGUGUUUGAAAAUAUCUUUCGUUUAUUAUUUGUAUGCUGUAUACAAAAAAUUAAACUGUGCACUUCGUAAUAGUGUGA